UUGUCAACAUCGCGUAUCGCCUUCUUCUUCUUCUCCAAAACGACGAACAAUUCGAAACAACCUAACGCGUAAAAAUCUAUUCUUCGCUCUGAGUGAGAUUAAACAGCUUUCUUCUUGUUCCUUUCAUUUUUCAAUAAAGUUACCAUUUUUCUUUCAAUUAGAAAUUUUGUCAUCUGCAAAUCUUAAAAAUCAAUGACGGAACCGGAAAGAUUAGAAGAAAUCUCCCUGAGUUUUCCGGCGAACGAGGAGGAUACAAAGAGUCUUCCCCGGAGACUCCGUCGUCGUCUUCUCGAACCGAGAAGCCCCGUCUCCGCCGAAGAGAUCGAUUCCAAACUCAGAGAAGCUGAUCUCCGUCGUCAGCAAUACUAUGAGUCACUAUCGAGCAAGGCACGGCCUAAGAUGAGAAGCCCGAGAUCGGCAACUAUUGAGGAGCUUAGUCAGAGACUUGAAUCAAAGCUUAACGCUGCUGAACAAAAGAGGUUAAGUAUUCUAGAGAAGGAGCUAGCUCGUUUAGCAAAGCUAGAUGAAGCAAGACAAGCUGCAAAGAACGGGCUUGAGCAAAGGGUUGAGAAGGAGCGUGAUGAGUUAGAGACAAAAGUUGAAGAAAGGGUUCAAAAGGCAGAGAAGAAUAGGAUGCUUCUGUUCAAAGCCAUGGCGCAGCGUAGAGCGGCAAAGAGACAGCGAGCUGCGCAGAGCUUGAUGCAGAAAGCAAUUCAGGAGAAGAGGUACAAGGAGACCGUUCGCGCGGCGAUUUAUCAGAAAAGAGCAGCUGCUGAGAGCAAAAGGAUGGGGAUUCUGGAGGCGGAGAGGAGAAGAGCGAACACGAGACUUACACGGGUUUUUGGUGCUGCUAGUUCCGUGCAGACCCAGAAGGAAGAUGAAAGAAGGAGAAUGAAAGACCGUUUAGAAGAGCGGCUUCAAAGGGCCAAGAAACUGAAAGCACAAUAUCUGAGGCGAAAGAGGGGAAUUGACAGGGCUCAUCAAAGAUCAGAAACAAUGCGGAAGAAUCAAGAGCAUCUUGUGAGGAUGUUAGAAAGAUGCUGGAGGAGAUUUACAAAGUACAAGAAAUCUACUUUUGUUUUGGCUAGAGCCUAUCACGGGCUGGGGAUCGAUGAAAAGUCUGUUGAGUCAGUGCCGUUUGAGCAGCUUGCCAUUCAAAUGAACUCGGUUUCUGUAAUCCGAACAGUGAAGGAAUUGCUUGACCGCUUGGAGAUACGACUCACUCUUUCGAAUGCAUCCACUGUGGAGAAUAUUAGACAUCUUCUUAAGCACAUUUUCCCUCCAGCUCGAAGAGGAAACUCACCGAGUUCCGAGCAAAAGUCAGCCAAUUCCAGGAAAAUGGGAAAUCAAAAACUCAAAAAGAUUGCGAGAUACCCGGCUAGGAUUUUUCUUUGUGCCUACAUGAUAAAGCAACAUCCAGAUGCAAUUUUCAGAGGACGAGGUGAACAUGAGAUUGCAUUAGUGGAAUCUGCAACAUAUCUUAUCCGGGAGUUCGAAUUGUUGGUGAAGAUUAUAUUGGAAGGACCAGAGUAUACCCUCCCUGAAAACGUAUCUUUGAUUACUCCACGUCCAAAGAAGUUCAGAUCUCAACUAGAAGUAUUUGAUAAAGCUUGGUGCUCUUACCUCGAAGGGUUUGUAGUUUGGAAGAUUAACGAUGCUAAGCUUUUAGAAAACGAUUUAGCCAAAACUCAAGAGGUAGCGCUCUCUGAGCCGUCAACACACAUUUCUUCUCCUAAAAUGAUAGACAGUGGCAUGAAUCAGAAGCCGCUGAAGGUAUCUUCUCCAACUGUUCGGGCUAUAUUCACUGAAACUGAUGGAGCAGGAGAAUCUAAAGCAUCUGCAGAUUCGCCUGGUCCAUCUUCAUCUUCGCCGGGAUCAUUUAAGUCUGAAGGAAGCGAGGGCAUUUCCCUUCCAAACGCUACAGGUCAUAGCUUGGAUGCAACAUUGGCUAGUGAGAACGAAGUAAUCGUAAACGAAAUUGUCCAUGACAAUAGCAGUAGUUUUGCUGAUAGCUUCGACGCUAACAGUGGAGAUACAAGCAACCUUCAGGUGAAGGUUAAGGAGACAAUGGAGAAGGCUUUUUGGGAUGGCGUCAUGGAAUCCAUGAAACAGUCGCAGCCAGACUUCAGCUGGGUUCUUAAACUCAUGAACGAAGUCAGGGAUGAGCUCUGUGAGAUAUCUCCCAAAGAUUGGAAACAAGAGAUUGUUCAAACUAUCGACACGGAUGUGCUGUCUCAGUUACUGGAGUCUGGGAAUGUCGACAUGGGUUAUCUUGGAAAUAUUCUUGAGUUUUCCCUUGGCAUUUUGCGGAAACUCUCUGCUCCAGCCAAUGAAGAGGAAAUCAGGACUACGCACCGUAAAUUAAUGACAGAACUUCGGGAGAUAGUUCCAACGGAAGACCAGUCGAAUUCGUCAUAUGCAAUCUUGAUGGUUAAGGGGCUACGCUUUGUUUUGCAGCAGAUUCAGAUUCUGAAGAAGGAAAUCAGCAAAUCUCGUUUGAAACUCUUAGAGCCAUUUCUCAAGGGACCUGCUGGUCUAGAAUAUCUGAAGAAGUCAUUUUCCAGCCGGUAUGGUUCCCCAGAGCAAGCGUCUUCCUCUCUACCAUUGACAAAGCGUUGGCUUUUUAGAGUUCGAGGAGAGGCAGAGAAGGAGUGGAAAGAACAUAGAGAUGCUCUCACAAAUAACAACCCUGGAUCAUCAGGCCUCCCUUCAACCACCAUGCGUACUGGAGGCAAUAUCUCCUCUGUUUCAAAAGUCAAUCCCCCUUUGUCUCCAUUUCCAGGAAUUGAACUGUCAGAGUGCAAAGGAGAAACUGUGGAUCUUCUUGUUCGUCUUGGUCUAUUAAAAAUGGCGAGCGAAAUUGGCGGUCUUACUUUAGAAACUGUCCCCGAAACAUUUCAGCUUAAUCUCUCUAGGCUGAGAGCUAUUCAAUCCCAAAUCCAGAAAAUUAUUCUAGUCUCCAUCAGUGUGUUGAUCCUCCAGCAAACACUUGUAAGCGAAACUUCAUCACCCGUUGAUAUGGAGACCAUUACAUGGACUUGCAUCAACCGGCUUUACGAGAUGUUAGAUGCGAAACCUGACGCGGGUCUUUCAGAAAUCAUGGAAACACUCUCAAAGCUUCUUGAUUCUGACGAUGCAGAGACAAAGAAACGUGUGAUCGCGAACAUGCUUGUGAAAAGCUUACAAGCAGGAGACGCAGUGUUCACACGUGUGUCGCAGACCAUAUACUUAGCCACAAGAGCCGCUGUUUUGGCCGGAAACAACCCGAAGAGAAAGCAGUUGGUUGAAACAAUGCUAAGAAGAAUCGGUGCAGCUUCUCUCUCGGACAAGGUAAUAGAGGUUUCAGACGUUCUGGUUCUUGUGGCGAACGUGUCGCGUAGUGUUCAUGGAUUGUGGUACGAAGAAUUGUUGAAGAAACCGAAUUGAAAUUGUAAGUUUGUGUGUAAGCCAGUGGGGUUUGUUUAAUGGUUUGCUCAAGUGUUUGUAGAUGAGAUUCAUAACGAUACCGUACCACGUUUGUAUUUAUACAUAAAACUGUAAUGUAAUACCCUGCACGUACUAGCAUUCCGGUUUACUCU